GGCAGCACGUCACUUCCUGUUUCUUUAAGGGAACGUGGCUUUUCCCCGCAGCGCCUGUCUUCGCGUCUGCGUCUCCGCUGCGGCGGCCGGAGCUGGAGUCGGACCCCGAGCGCAGCGUCGCCAUGGACUCGGCCCUCAGCGACCCGCACAACGGCAGCGCGGAGGCAGGCGGCGCAGCCAACGGCACGACGCGGCCGCCUUCCACGCCCGAGGGCAUCGCGCUGGCCUACGGCAGUCUUCUGCUCAUGGCGCUGCUGCCCAUCUUCUUCGGUGCCCUGCGCUCGGUGCGCUGCGCCCGCGGCAAGAACGCCUCGGACAUGCCGGAGACUAUCACCAGCCGGGACGCUGCCCGCUUCCCCAUCAUCGCCAGCUGCACACUCUUGGGGCUCUAUCUCUUUUUCAAAGUUUAUUUUCCAAAUAAAAGUUACACAGGCUCAGUGUUGAAAACGUGGAAAACACAGAAAAGUAAAAAGGGGAAAACAGCAGUCAUCCAAAACCCCACUACCAGAGACAAUCACAGAUUCCCUUUGGAGAUAUUCUCCCAGGAGUACAUCAACCUCUUGCUGUCCAUGUAUUUCUUCGUGCUGGGGAUCCUGGCCCUGUCCCACACCAUCAGCCCCUUCAUGAAUAAGUUUUUUCCAGCCAACUUUCCAAAUCGACAGUACCAGCUGCUCUUCACACAGGGCUCUGGGGAGAACAAGGAAGGUGGGAGGGGCAGCCCCGCCCCGGGGAGUGGACUUACCCGGCCUCUCUGCCCAGAGAUCAUCAAUUAUGAAUUUGACGCCAAGGACCUGGUAUGCCUGGGCCUGAGCAGCAUCGUUGGCGUCUGGUACCUGCUGAGGAAGCACUGGAUUGCCAACAAUCUCUUUGGCCUGGCCUUCUCCCUUAACGGGGUGGAGCUCUUGCACCUGAACAACGUGAGCACCGGCUGCAUCCUGCUGGGUGGACUCUUCAUCUACGAUGUCUUCUGGGUAUUUGGCACCAACGUGAUGGUGACAGUGGCCAAGUCCUUUGAGGCACCAAUAAAAUUGGUGUUUCCCCAGGACCUGCUGGAGAAGGGCCUCGAAGCGGACAACUUUGCCAUGCUGGGACUCGGAGAUAUCGUCAUUCCGGGGAUCUUCAUUGCCUUGCUGCUACGGUUUGACAUCAGCUUAAAGAAGAACACUCACACCUACUUCUACACCAGCUUUGCAGCCUACAUCUUUGGCCUGGGCCUCACCAUCUUCAUCAUGCACAUCUUCAAGCAUGCCCAGCCAGGGGUCUGGCAGCCACCUAGAAAGGCCCUUCAAGAUGAUCGGGUGUCUUCAUUGUACAGAGAGGGAAGCAGUUUAGUCGGGGUCACACGGCAGAGCCGACACCGGGUGGAAUGUCAAGAGCCCUACCACCCAGUUGCUGUCUGGAGCUGUACAUCCCAGCCUCUGCUCAGCACUGACCUUGGAGCAGGCCCCUGGUGCCUUGAGAAUAGCAACCUCACCACCUCCCACAGCAGCCCUUCAGUGGCUCCUGGCUCUCAGGGCCUCGGGGAAGCUAAACUUAUACCACCUCUCCCCUACCCCGCCUCCCAUGGAAGCCCUCUACUUUGCCUGGCCUGGCCUUGAUGAAGACUUAGAGACGGAGAGGUACUUAAAGCCACAUCCUGGCCAACUGUGUGAGGAGUUCCCUCUUCUGAUUCUCUGUCUCAUUGUCUGCAAAGUGGGUGUGAGGAGGCCUUUUGAGAAAUUAAAUUCUGAUAAGUUUAUAUUUGCUUUAUGUUCUGUUCCAUCCAUUUGGGCUUUUUUUUUCUUUUUAAGAUUUUAUUUAUUUAUUUGACAGAGACAGUGGUAGAGGGAACAUAAGUAGGGGGAGUGGCAGAGGGAGAAGCAGUCUCCCUGCUGAGCAAGGAUCCUGGUGUGGGGCUUGAUCCCAGGAUCCUGGGAUCAUGACCUGAGCCGAAGGCAGUCACUUAACCAACUGAGCCACCCAGGCGCCCCAUUUGGGCUUUUACCAUCAUUAUUUUCUUUCUGCUUUUUGGUGUCUUAUUCUUUUCCUGGCUUUUUUUUUUUUUCUUUCCCUUUUUUUUUUUAAGAUUUUGUUUAUUUGAGAGAGGGAGAUGAGAGACCACACACAGAGGGAGAAGCAGGCUCCCCUCUGAGCAGGGAGCCUGAUGCAGGGCUUGAUCCCAGGACCCUUGGAUCCAGAGUGUGAACCAAAGGUUGAAGCUUAACUGACUGAGCCACCCAUGUGCCCCUCUUUUUUUGGCUUCUUAACUUGAAAUCUAAAAUUAUUUCAAGUCUUAUUUUCUAAUAAAUGCACUUAGAGUUAUGUUAUAAAUCUCCAUCUGAGUACUCCUUUGGCUGCCUCUCACAUACUUUGGUGUAGACUUUUGUCAUUGUCAUUCUGUUGCCAUCCAAAAGGCCUAAAACCUGACCUAUGCAAAGCCUAACUCAUAGCAAAUCCCCGAUACAGUGGGAGAAGCUCUGCCACUUUUACAUACCUCAUGUGACCUUGGACAAGUCCUUAUCCCUAUCUAAGCCUCAGAUUAUGUUUUUAGCUCCAAGGGUAGUACGUAUGAAGUAGUGUGGCUCACAGGCCACACAUAGCAGGUGCCAAGAAAUGGUCUGAAGGUCAGGCUUGGUGGGCUCUAGAGCCCUGUUCUCUGACCUCACUUGCCUUAAGAGUGGGGUCUCCUCACCCUUACCCCAGUCAUCUCCAGAACACCCUCUUAACUUCGUGAGCACCCAUGAGGAAGCCAUUUGCUUAGUACUUACCAGGCCCUCUUCUGAACGCCAGGAAUAGAGCAGUGACCAAGACAGUCGGGGACUCUGCCCUCAUGAAGGUGACAGCCUAGCAGCAGAGAGACUGAGGUCUGUAAUGGCAGAGCGAUGUCCCGCUCUGGACUGCCAGAGAAUGCUGCAGGGAAUGGCAAGGGGCCUGGAGGGUAGGCAACAAGAGGGCCUGGCUCCCUGCCAGGGAGGGCUUCCCCACGAAAGUAGGAGGGAAGCAGAAGCCUGAAGGAGGAAGAGUCUAGGCAGAAGUGGGAAGAGCGUCACAAGCAGCAGAAACUGCAUGUGCAGAGGUCCUGUGGCUAGAGGUGACAAGAAGGACCAAAACAUGGUCAUUGUGGGGUGCCUGGGUGGCUCAGUCGGUUAAGCAUCUGCCUUCAGCUCAGGCCAUGAUCCCAGGGUUCUGGGAUCAAGCCCCAUAUCAGGCUUCCUGAUUGGUGGAGAGCCUGCUUCUCCUUAUCCCUCUGCCUGCCGCUCUGCCUAUUUGUGCUAUCUCUCUGUGUCAAAUAAAUAAAUAAAUAAUCUUUUU